CUCCCAGUCACCGAGCGAGAGGGAAGAAACAAGAUGGCGGCUGAAGGCGAUCCGGAGUGGGGCCCCAGCAAUUCGGACUGAGCCUUCUCCCUCCACCCGCUGCCGUCGGCCGGGCCCCUCCCGCCCGGGCCCGCCGGCCACCCCACCCGGUCCCAGCGCCCCCCACCACCGCCCUCGCGCCCGCCCCUCCCCCUCCGCUUUCCCUUCUCCCCCCCCCCCCUCCUCCUCCCCGCCGCCUCGGCUCCGACAUGAGGGGCCGGCGGGGCAGGCCGCCCAAGCAGCCCGCGGCUCCCGCUGCGGAGCGCUGCGCCCCGGCCCCGCCGCCGCCGCCGCCGCCGCCCACGUCCGGACCCAUCGGGGGGCUCCGCUCGCGGCACCGCGGCAGUAGCCGGGGCAGGUGGGCCGCCGCCCAGGCUGAGGUGGCGCCCAAGACGCGGCUGAGCUCGCCCCGGGGGGGCAGCAGUAGCCGGAGGAAGCCGUCGGCCCCCCCCAGCACCAGCACCCCGGGCCGGGGGGGGCGAGGAGGCGGGGGCGGCAGGACGGGGGGCGGCGGCGGCCACGGCCACCUGGCCCGGACCACCCCGGCCCGGAGGGCCGUCAACAAAGUGGUGUACGAUGACCACGAGAGCGAGGAGGAGGAGGAGGAGGAGGACAUGGUCUCCGAGGAGGAAGAGGAGGAAGAGGAGGAGGAGGACGGCGACGCCGAGGAGACCCAGGAUUCCGAGGACGACGAGGAAGAGGAGAUGGAGGAGGACGAGGAUGACUCGGAUUAUCCGGAGGACAUGGAAGACGACGACGACGACGCCAGUUACUGCACGGAAAGCAGCUUCAGGAGCCACAGCACCUACAGCAGCACUCCAGGUAGGCGGAAACCAAGAGCACAUCGGCCUCGUUCUCCAAUACUGGAAGAAAAAGAUAUCCCACCCCUUGAAUUUCCCAAGUCCUCUGAGGAUUUAAUGGUGCCUAAUGAGCAUAUAAUGAAUGUCAUUGCCAUUUACGAGGUACUGCGGAACUUUGGCACUGUUUUAAGAUUGUCUCCUUUUCGCUUUGAGGACUUCUGUGCAGCUCUGGUGAGCCAGGAGCAGUGCACGCUCAUGGCCGAGAUGCACGUUGUGCUUCUGAAAGCAGUCCUGCGCGAAGAAGACACUUCCAAUACUACCUUUGGCCCUGCUGACCUGAAAGAUAGUGUGAAUUCCACACUGUAUUUCAUAGACGGGAUGACGUGGCCCGAGGUGCUGCGGGUGUACUGUGAGAGCGACAAGGAGUACCAUCACGUGCUUCCUUACCAGGAGGUGGAGGACUAUCCCUAUGGACCCGUGGAGAACAAAAUCAAAGUCCUGCAGUUUCUGGUCGAUCAGUUUCUUACGACAAAUAUUGCUCGGGAGGAGUUGAUGUCGGAAGGAGUGAUCCAGUACGAUGACCACUGUAGGGUUUGUCACAAACUUGGGGAUUUACUUUGCUGUGAGACGUGUUCGGCAGUGUAUCAUUUGGAAUGUGUGAAGCCGCCUCUGGAGGAGGUGCCAGAGGACGAGUGGCAGUGUGAAGUCUGUGUAGCACACAAGGUGCCUGGUGUGACUGACUGUGUUGCUGAAAUCCAAAAAAAUAAGCCGUACAUUCGACAUGAGCCCAUCGGAUAUGACCGAAGCCGGAGGAAAUACUGGUUCUUAAAUCGGAGACUCAUAAUAGAAGAAGAUACAGAAAAUGAAAAUGAAAAGAAAAUUUGGUACUACAGCACAAAGAUUCAGCUUGCGGAAUUACUUGACUGUCUAGACAAAGAUUAUUGGGAAGCAGAACUUUGUAAAAUUCUAGAAGAAAUGCGUGACGAGAUCCAUCGGCACAUGGACAUUACUGAAGACCUGACCAAUAAGGCUCGGGGCGGUAACAAAUCCUUUCUGGCGGCAGCUAACGAAGAAAUUUUGGAAUCCAUAAGAGCCAAAAAGGGAGAAGUUGAUGAUGAUAAAAGCCCAGAAGAUAUCGACAAAGACAAGAAUGAGACUGAGAACAGUAAUUGUAAAGAUGCUGAGAAAAGCAAAGAGGAGGUUGACGACCAGUCCCUUGACAAAGACAGUGACAGCAAGAUGCCUGAUGCUCCUGAGCCAGGAAAAUCUGAGGAGCCAACAGAAGGUGGGGACAAAGUUAACUCUAUGUCAGCAAACCUUGGCGACAGCACAGCAGCUGCUGCUUCUCAGGAGACUAGGCCCUGUGAAGGGAGGAGCCCCAUGGCUUGUCUCUCAGAAACCCAGGAUAGCAGCACCAUGGCAGAGAAGAAGGCGGCAUCCGAACUCCCCCAGGAUGUGCCAGAAGAACCUAACAAGACCUGUGACAGCAGUAACCCUAGUCCUACCACUACCUCCAUCCAGCCUAAUCUGGAGAGCAGUCACAGCAGCACUGACGUCAGCUCCUCCCCGAGUGACUCUGCUCAGGCAGCUGCUGAUCCUGACGGUGGAGAGCGAGCAUCCCAAACACCUGUCUCUGUUCAGGAAGAGAUAGGUGAUUUCAAAUCAGAGAAGUCCAAUGGGGAGCUCAGUGAGUCACCUGGAGCGGGAAGAGGGGCAUCUGGCUCGACGCGAAUCAUCACCAGGUUGCGGAACCCAGACAGCAAGCUCAGUCAGCUCAAGAGCCAGCAAGUGGCAGCCGCAGCGCACGAGGCUAAUAAAUUAUUUAAGGAGGGCAAAGAGGUAUUGGUUGUUAACUCACAAGGAGAAAUUUCUCGGUUGAGCACCAAAAAGGAAGUAGUCAUGAAAGGAAAUAUCAGCAAUUAUUUUAAAUUGGGUCAAGAAGGGAAGUAUCGCGUCUACCACAAUCAGUACUCCACCAAUUCAUUUGCUUUGAAUAAGCACCAGCACAGAGAGGAUCAUGACAAGAGGCGACAUCUUGCACAUAAGUUCUGUCUGACUCCAGCAGGAGAGUUCAAGUGGAACGGGUCUGUCCACGGCUCCAAAGUCCUCACCAUCUCCACCCUGAGACUGACCAUCACCCAGCUGGAAAACAACAUCCCUUCUUCCUUUCUUCAUCCCAAUUGGGCUUCACACAGGGCAAAUUGGAUCAAGGCAGUUCAGAUGUGUAGCAAACCCAGAGAAUUUGCACUGGCUUUAGCCAUUUUGGAGUGUGCAGUUAAACCAGUUGUAAUGCUACCAAUAUGGCGGGAAUCUUUAGGACAUACCAGGUUGCACAGGAUGACAUCAAUUGAAAGAGAAGAAAAGGAGAAAGUCAAAAAAAAGGAGAAAAAGCAGGAAGAGGAAGAAACAAUGCAGCAAGCUACAUGGGUAAAAUACACAUUUCCCGUGAAACAUCAGGUUUGGAAACAGAAAGGAGAGGAAUACAGAGUUACAGGAUAUGGUGGCUGGAGCUGGAUUAGUAAAACUCAUGUCUAUAGGUUUGUCCCAAAAUUGCCAGGCAAUACGAAUGUGAAUUAUAGGAAGACAUUAGAAGAAACUGCUGGUAAAGUGGAUGAAAAUAUGGAUGAGUCAGAUAAAAGGAAAAGUCCACGAAGUCCCAAAAAAAUAAAAAUGGAACCUGACUCUGAGAAAGGUGAAGUGAAAGAUGCUGCCCAGGGAACAGCCCAGAGUGAAAUGGACAUCUCCAAGAGUACUGAGAAGGACCAAGAUGUGAAAGAGCUUUUAGAUUCUGACCAUAAUAAAUCCUUCAAGGAAGAACCGAUGGAAAUAGAUGAUGUGAAAACAGAAUCACCUACGAAUUGUCAGGAAAGUUCUCCAGUAGAUGUGGUCAAUGUCAGUGAGGGUUUUCAUCUAAGGACUUGUUACAAAAAGAAAGCAAAGUCAUCUAAACUAGAUGGACUUCUUGAGAGGAGAAUUAAACAAUUUACACUGGAAGAAAAACAGCGCCUUGAAAAAAUGAAGUUGGAAGGUGGAAUUAAAAGUCUGGGAAAAUCUCCUACAAGUUCUUUGAAAAGUCUCUCUGAGUCUCCAGUAACGGCAGUGAAAGAAGAGAAUAAGAGUGACCUGCAUAAACAGGAGCACAGCCCUACUGCAAGUUCUGAUAAAUGUGAGGACUUGAUCCCAGAACGUUCACAAAAUGAUUCCUCCAUUCUUGAAACUGCUGAUCCUCGGCACACUCCAAAUAAGCUUUACCCGAAAGAGUCGGUAUCCAAUGAUGUCUCCAUGCAGAGCCCAGUGAUAAGCUCUCAGAAACAAAACUCUGUCAACAAUGACACAGAUGAGAACCUCCCUGACACAGCCAGUAAGGACCAGGAGCCCAGUAACAUCAAAACAAAAGAAAGUGAUUAUUUCAUUGAUGAUUCUAAGUUAGUGAGUGCACAUUAUGUCCCUACUUUGGGUCAUCAGAAAAGAGCUCUCAUACAAGACGAGAAUGACACUGUCUCUCCUUCCAAGGACAGCUUCCUUCCCUCCACACCUAAAAGCACGAAAGCCAUGGACUCGGAAGGAAAGCUGGGAUGUGACUCUGAAUGUAAUAGCACCUUGGAGAAUAGUUCUGAUACAAUGUCUGUCCAGGAUAGCAGUGAAGAGGACAUGGUUGUCCAAAAUAGCACUGAAAGUGUUCCUGAACACAUGAUUCAAGAACAAAGUAUUGAAAACUUGGAGCCGUUAAAACAUCAGUUAGCUUCUGGUAAGUCCACUGGAAACUGCGAUGACAGGCUACAGGGUAAGGUAACUGAAGCUAAUGGUGAAAAGACAGGUCCACAGAAGAACUUAGAGGAGAGGCCAGUUAAUAAAUGUAUUGAUCAAGUAAAUCUCAAAAAUACAACUGACAAAAGGAAUAAUGAAAACCGAGAGUCUGACAAGAAAGGACAGAAAGCAAGUGCUCUUCAGAUGAAUGGUAAUGAGAAAGCUAAAGUCCAUUUGAAAAGUGAAAGCUUGAAAGAUGUUUGUGAGAGUAAAGUAGUAGUUGGUAAUGUUGAACGAAAGGUUAAUAAUAUAAAUAAAAUAAUCCCUGAAAAUGAUAUCAAGUCUCUGACUGUUAAAGAGUCUACUGUAAAGCCAUUCAUUAAUGGUGAUGUCAUCAUGGAAGAUUGUAAUGAAAAAGUCAUCUCAGAAACAAAGUCACAUUUGCCAAGUUCUUUGGAUACUGAAAAUAACUACCGAGAUAGCACGGGGAGCUUGCCACCAACCAAAGAAUGUGACCAUAUACAGACCACUGCACCUCCACCAUCGUAUUCAGAAAAAAAUUCAGCAAGUCAGGUAGAAGAUAUGGAAAUCGAAACCUCAGAAGUGAAGCAGGUUACUCCAUCACCCGUUACUUCUGGAGAAGAAUCAAAUCUCAGUAACGACUUUGCUGAUGAUAACAGUCCGCCCAACAUCAAUGGAGACUCCAAAAGAAAAACCGUCAUCACGGAAGUUACUACGAUGACAUCUACAGUGGCCACAGAGUCAAAAACUGUAAUCAAAGUAGCAAAAGGUGAUCAUCAGACUGUGGUCUCUUCCACAGAAAAUUGUGCCAAGUCCACGGUCACCACCACCACCACCACAGUGACAAAGCUUUCCACACCCUCCACAGACAGCAGCGUAGACAUCAUCUCUGUUCAAGAACAGAGCAAAACUGUGGUCACCACAACAGUGACAGACUCACUGACCACUACAGGAGGUACUCUGGUGACGUCAAUGACAGUGAGCAAAGAGUAUUCCACAAAAGACAAAGUGAAACUGAUGAAAUUUUCAAGACCGAAGAAGGCUCGUUCAGGUACAGCUCUGCCAUCCUAUAGAAAAUUUGUUACCAAGAGCAGCAAGAAAAGCAUAUUUGUUCUACCUAAUGAUGACUUAAAAAAGUUGGCCAGAAAAGGAGGAAUCCGAGAAGUCCCUUAUUUUAAUUACAAUGCCAAACCUGCCUUGGAUAUUUGGCCAUAUCCUUCUCCUAGACCCACCUUUGGUAUCACUUGGAGGUAUAGACUUCAAACUGUGAAGUCCUUAGCUGGAGUGAGCCUGAUGCUACGGUUAUUGUGGGCAAGCUUGAGAUGGGAUGACAUGGCAGCCAAGGCUCCUCCAGGGGGAGGGACCACCCGCACAGAAACAUCUGAAACUGAAAUCACAACAACAGAAAUAAUUAAAAGGCGAGAUGUUGGUCCUUAUGGCAUUCGAUCUGAAUAUUGCAUCAGGAAAAUCAUUUGCCCCAUUGGAGUUCCUGAAGCACCAAAAGAAACACCUACACCUCAGAGGAAAGGCCUUCGAUCUAGUGCACUGCGGCCAAAGAGACCAGAAACACCCAAGCAAACUGGCCCUGUAGUUAUUGAAACCUGGGUAGCAGAGGAAGAGUUGGAGUUAUGGGAGAUCAGGGCCUUUGCUGAGAGAGUGGAGAAAGAAAAGGCACAAGCAGCUGAGCAGCAGGCUAAGAAACGUUUGGAGCAGCAGAAACCUACUGUCAUUGCAGCUUCCACAACUUCCCCAACCAACAGUACAAGCAGCACCAUCUCUCCGGCCCAGAAAGUGAUGGUGGCCCCCAUAAGUGGCUCAGUCACAACUGGAACUAAAAUGGUACUGACUACUAAGGUUGGAUCUCCAGCUACCGUAACAUUCCAGCAAAACAAGAACUUCCAUCAGACCUUUGCUACGUGGGUUAAGCAAGGCCAGUCCAAUUCAGCCACCAGCACAGCUGCCACAUCUGCUCCAACCAUUGCCAGCACAGGUCAGACGUUCCAAAUUACAGGCAGUCCAGUCACUAUGGCAGGAAAAGUAAUUACCAAACUGCCACUUCCUGCAAACAGCAAGAUUGUCGCUGUAAAUGUGCCAGCAACACAAGGAGGUGUAGUUCAAGUGCAGCAGAAAGUUCUGGGUAUCAUUCCGUCCAGCACAGGGGCCAGUCAGCAGACCUUUACGUCCUUCCAGCCCAGGACAGCCACAGUCACAAUCAGGCCCAACACCUCCGGUGCGUCGGGAGCCACCAGCACGUCACAAGUCAUCACAGGGCCUCAAAUCCGCCCUGGGAUGACAGUGAUUAGGACACCUCUCCAACAGUCAACACUUGGGAAGGCGAUUAUUCGAACCCCUGUGAUGGUGCAGCCAGGGGCUCCUCAGCAGGUGGUGACUCAGAUCAUCAGGGGACAGCCUGUCUCCACUGCAGUCUCUGCCCCCAGCACGACCUCCUCGACACCUGCGCAGAAAACCCUGACUUCGGGAACACCCCCUGCAAGUGCACAGCCCACAGCCUCCCCAUCCCCUCGCCCCCAGCAAGGACAGGUGAAGCUGACCAUGGCUCAGCUCACUCAGCUAACACAGGGCCACGGCGGCAAUCAAGGUUUGACAGUAGUAAUUCAAGGACAAGGUCAAACUACUGGACAAUUGCAGUUAAUACCUCAAGGGGUAACUGUCCUCCCUGGUCCAGGACAGCAACUCAUGCAAGCUGCCAUGCCCAAUGGCACCGUUCAGCGAUUCCUGUUCACCCCAUUGGCAACAACAGCCGCAACGGCCAGUACCACCACCACAACAACUGUUUCCACCACUGCAGCAGGUACAGGUGAACAAAAACAGAGUAAAUUAUCACCCCAGACCCAGGUGCAACAACCCCAAACCCUGCCUCCAUCUCAGGCAUCAAGUGUGAGUCCUCCAGGAGCCCAGCCACAGACUGUUCAGCCUGCAGCUCAGCCCCCACCCCAGUCCCAGCCCCAGUCCCCAACUCAGCCUGAAGUUCAGACCCAGCCUGAAGUUCAGACCCAAACAACUGUCGCAUCCCAGGUCCCUUCCGAAGCACAGCCCACCCAGAGUCCACCACAGACCCGAAUCCGUCCAUCAACUCCAUCCCAGGUGUCUCCUGGACAGCAAUCCCAGGUUCAGACUCCAACCUCACAACCGAUUCCAAUUCAGCCACAUACAUCUCUUCAGAUACCUUCCCAAGGCCAGCCACAGUCACAACCCCAGGUACAGUCUUCAACUCAAACUCUUUCAUCAGGCCAAACGUUAACCCCAGUUACUGUUUCAUCCCCAUCACGGCCUCAGCUCCAAAUCCAGCAGCCACAGCCCCAAGUCCUAGCUGUGCCUCCGCUGCAACCACAAGUCCAGGUUCUCUCUCAGAUCCAGCCGCAGGUUGUGGCUCAAAUACAGGCUCAGCAAGGUGGUGUGCCCCAGCAAAUCAAACUGCAGUUGCCUAUUCAAAUUCAGCAAAGCACUGCUGUGCAGACGCACCAGAUUCAGAAUGUGGUUACAGUGCAGGCAGCCAGUGUACAAGAGCAGUUGCAAAGGGUUCAGCAACUCAGGGAUCAGCAGCAAAAGAAGAAGCAGCAGCAGAUAGAAAUUAAGCGGGAACACACCCUCCAAGCUUCUAACCAAAGUGAAAUCAUUCAGAAACAGGUGGUGAUGAAACAUAAUGCGGUCAUAGAACAUUUAAAACAGAAAAAGACCAUGACUCCAGCUGAGAGAGAAGAGAAUCAAAGAAUGAUUGUCUGUAACCAGGUGAUGAAGUAUAUAUUGGAUAAGAUAGAUAAAGAAGAAAGACAGGCAGCCAAAAAACGGAAGCGUGAAGAGAGCGUGGAACAGAAACGUAGCAAACAGAAUGCUAGCAAGCUCUCAGCUCUGCUCUUCAAGCACAAAGAGCAACUCAAAGCGGAAAUACUCAAAAAGAGAGCGCUGCUGGACAAAGACCUCCAGAUCCAAGUGCAGGAAGAGCUGAAAAGAGAUCUGAAAAUUAAGAAGGAGAAGGACAUGAUGCAGGCCGUGCAGGCCACAGCGGUCGCUGCCCCACCGCCCCCAGCGGCGGCAGCUCCACCAGCCCCUCCUCCUUCGCCUCCCCCCGCGCCCCCUCUGCAGCACUCAAGUCUGCUGUCCACACCCGCCUUGCCUGUAGCUUCCCAAAAGAGGAAGCGAGAAGAGGAGAAAGACUCCAGCUCCAAGUCCAAGAAGAAGAAAAUGAUCUCUACUACCUCAAAGGAAACCAAGAAGGACACAAAGCUUUACUGUAUCUGUAAAACGCCUUACGACGAGUCUAAGUUCUAUAUUGGCUGUGAUCUUUGUACUAACUGGUAUCAUGGAGAAUGUGUUGGCAUCACAGAAAAGGAGGCUAAGAAAAUGGAUGUGUACAUCUGUAAUGAUUGUAAACGGGCACAAGAGGGCAGCAGUGAGGAAUUGUACUGUAUCUGCAGAACACCUUAUGAUGAGUCGCAAUUUUAUAUUGGCUGCGAUCGGUGUCAGAACUGGUACCAUGGGCGCUGCGUUGGCAUCUUGCAGAGUGAGGCAGAGCUCAUUGAUGAGUAUGUCUGUCCACAGUGCCAGUCGACAGAGGAUGCCAUGACAGUGCUCACGCCACUCACUGAGAAAGAUUACGAGGGCUUGAAGAGGGUGCUGCGUUCCUUACAGGCCCACAAGAUGGCCUGGCCUUUCCUUGAACCGGUAGACCCUAAUGACGCUCCUGAUUACUAUGGAGUCAUUAAGGAACCUAUGGACCUGGCAACCAUGGAAGAAAGAAUACAAAGACGAUACUAUGAAAAGCUGACGGAAUUCGUCGCGGAUAUGACCAAAAUUUUUGAUAACUGUCGCUACUACAAUCCAAGUGACUCCCCCUUUUACCAGUGUGCGGAAGUUCUUGAAUCCUUCUUUGUACAGAAGUUGAAAGGCUUCAAGGCCAGCAGGUCUCAUAACAACAAACUGCAGUCUACAGCUUCUUAAAGUUCAGCGUGUUAAUCUAACAUAAGACACAGCAAGAGUCUGCUUGUCUGAACUGUUUUAAGUUAAGGAGCCAGAUGUUUCUAGUCAGGUUCUCCUGGCAAGGCUUGACCUACACUUCGUUUUUAUUGGUCGUAACAGUCCAAUUAUAUUCUUGGCCAAUUUUGUCCAACGGACAAGGGAAAAAGCAAAGUCAACGACACCAUUAUCUUGUCAAGAUCAAAUGGUUUUACUAUUGUGGCAGAAGCGAGAAAACUUUGUUUAUUUAAAAAAAAAAAAAAAAGAAAAGAAAAGAAAAAGAAAGCCAGAAAAAAAAAAAGUUACUAUGGGGUCCAGUGUAACUCCAUGGAAAUGCCACGUCUGCUCUUCAGUGAAGAAGCUGGUUCAGAGUCUCACAGAAAACUUCUGACUAUUUAUUUAUUGUUGCAAAAAAGACGCUUUUUUAUUGCUGCCCUCAUUUGUCAGCUAAUUAUUUUUUCUGAUAAACUCCAGCCCCGGUUCCGUGUAACCCAUCCUGUCUCCCGUCACGAUUCCUGUAGGCAAAAGUUCAAGACAACCUCUAGAUGUCUUUUCUUUCUAUGAAAGGAGCUGCUAUGUACACACGUGCACACACACGCGCGCGCGACUGGGAAUCAACAAUGAGUUUCUUGUUCAUGGUAGAUGAGAAUUAAGCUUGCAUAAAGGUUGGGCUGAGCGGUCCUGGACUACAGACUCUGUUGCCUUGAAUAUACCAGUACCAUUUGUCAUUGACUCUGCACCAGGCUAAAAUGAGUAAAAUCUAUUUGAAGGUAUCUUGUUUGUAAACAUUUGUCAGAUUCUAAUUUCUUCUUUUUGUAUUAAAAUUCAACUAUGGAUGUAUAUGAAACAAAAUAAAUGGAGAUGAUUUUUCUCCCACAGAUGGAGGUGUCUUUGAAUGUGCGCUAAUGCUUAUCUGUCAGCCUUCAUGGGGCGAGGGAGGGCUGCAGGCGGGGCGAGGCCAAGGAGUCGCUCACACCUGGCCUUUGAGGGUCAUGAGUGGCCCUUCAUUUUUACUUCCCAGUCCACUGUCGCAUGACAGAGAACAAUCUUCAGGGGUGCUAAUCCUGGUGCAUCAGUCGCUCAUCCUGAUGAUAAUGGCAGUGUGACAAAGCACACAUUGCCUUCCUGGGUCCAUUCUGUGAUGCCAAGCAAGUUCUUGGUUGCACACAAUGAGUUAGAUUUUAUGAAGGACCUUUGUAGCUGUUGUCAUCUUUGUAUUUUUCGUUUGUUGGUUGGGCUUGUGGUUCACUUCUUUGUUCCACUAAAGGAAAGUAGUGUGAACAGAAGGGAAAAUACAGAACACACAGCCGUGAGGGCGUAUCGGCAUGCCUCCUUUCUGUGUUCUAAACACACCCAUUGUACACUGCAUUGUAGUAGUAGCUUCUGUGAAAUCCUCCAUAGUCGGAUUACGCAGCUUUGCAAGAAUCCUCCUCGAUUUUGCACUGACUCGUACUUGCUUUGUCCUGUUGACUUCUGCAACUUUUCCAGUUAUAAUUGUUUUUACAAGUUUCCUUUUGUUUAAUGUUUCCCUGCUAUGCAAACUCUUUCUUAGACCUUAGUUUCUUAAAAAGAACGAUGUUGCUACAGUCCCAAUUCUUUCUUACUACUACAGGCUCAGGUGUGCAGGUUAUUCUGGGUUAAUUUUAUCUAAUGAUGCCCAUUCCUUUUUGUACAUAAAAAUAUCACUUAGAUCUAUGCUUACAGACUAAAGAGACUAAUUGCUCAGUAUGGAAAUAUAGAAGCAAAAUAUUAAAGCGGAAUUAGUUAAAUAUGGAUUAUUUUGUCCUUUUUAAAAAAAUGUUACAUAUUGUAUGCACUGUGCUGAUGCAAGAAUUCCACAUUUUAAUGAAUUAUGAAAUUAUUCUGCAUCUCAUGUCACAGUAUUUCUGUACUAUUUAUUCAUAUAUAUAUAUAUAUAAAUAUAUAUGGGCGUAAUCAUUUAAAACUUGUUGCGGCAAGAACUUUCCUACCUGUAGGCAAUAGAUUGCUAUGUUUUUAACAAAUUGUUGCAAAUCCUAAACAGCAAUUCUUUUUGUACGUAAUAGGACAUUUCAUCCUAGAAAAAAUAAAGUAAUGUUUUUGACAUUGGAUUUGGUGCAGUUUCUAAUGAAACAAUGGUUGCUUGGUUGGUUGAUAUAUUUUCUGUAGCUUUUGGCAUUGCCAAAUUGUAUUUUAAAAAAAAAAAGUAAAUUUUAUGGAAAUCUUGAGACUAGGAAGAUGUUAAUUUCUUAUGUGUGUAUUUAAUGAUAUAAAGCCUUUUGCAAUUUCUAUUACCAUAUAAAUACUUAAAGACAUUUUAUAGUUUUAUCAAGUACAGAGUUUUAGUCUUUCAAAAGUAAUUUUUUGAAAAACAUUCGUUCUUAUUUCAGAAGCUGCUUUUCUAUGAAUAUUCUUUGACAGGCACCUGCUGUUCAGGAAGAUACACAUAGGUGACAGCUGUUUGGCUCUCAGUAAUCGAAGUAGUAUAGUGCACAUUUGUGAUACUGUCAAGAUGUUUCUAACCCAGUCUUUGGGGCCUGUAAAUAUACUUGAUUUGCAGCAAUAGGUUCCUUGGCUAAGUAUUUUCCAUGUUUGUUAUGCUUCAUCUGCCAAGUUCAUAAUCUUUGAAACCAUUUCAUAAAAACUAUUUUCAUAAGAUUUUUUUCUUAGCCAAAUUUUACAGGAUAUUUUUAGUCCGUGUCCUGCAGUAGGUUUAAAAGGAAAAAAAGGGGGGGGUGAACUUGGGGAUAUUUUCUAAAGGAAAACGUGUAAUUACCUUUUUAUAUUUCAAGUGGCCUGGAGUGUUAUUUGGAGACACUGAAAUUUGCUGUGUUUGUAACCUACCAUCCUAGAAUCUGCAAAUAAAAGUUUUUUCUCUAUUUUUGUUCAUUUCUAUUAGGCAAAGUCCCUGCUUCUUUCUAAGUGUCUCAUGUUGAAGAGAGCUUGGUGGCCUUUGAAAAUCUCUGUUCCCUUUUCAGGCUGCGUUGGCCAGGGAUGGGAUGGCCUUCACUCGCCCCAUGAGUGAGUGGGUCUAGUCCUUAAACUGAGAAUGGGGUUUCUCGUGGCUUUGAAGUGCUUGGGCAGGGAGGGUGUAGGGUGGACCAGCAGCAGAGGAAUCUUCUUAAUAAUAAUUUGCAACACUGAGCUAAUUCUGAAAACUUAGAGUGAGAUACUGGAAAAAAAAAAACUUCGAAUCACACCUUUGAAUGUUUGAAUCAAAUUCAGCUAAAGAAAUAAGCUGUAUUUUUUUUAAGAUGAUAAAAUCCUGUUCCACCUAUCUUGUUGCUUGCUCCAGUCCGUCCUGGAGUUGUGUGGUUCUGUGGUGUUGCAUACACCUCUGCUCAAUCAGCCUCAGUGAUCUCAAGAGAACUAGAAACGCUGCCAGCAGGCAUCCUCAGAAGACAGCUCUACAAGCUGCUCCUAAACAAGUGUGUAUGUCUUCUAGACGUUACCCUACCGAAAGAAAAGUGCUUUUUCCUCCAAGAAUUGUAAAAUAAUAGCUUCAUCUAGGAGAGGGCUACUAUUGAAUUACCCUUCAAGGGAGCAAGCUAUUUUGUGGAUAAGAGACUAUUAGUGUGCAGACACAAAGGGCCCAAACUAUGAGUUUAAAGAAAAAAAUGGGGAGACCUAAAAACUGCGAUGAAUAGGUUCCCUAAAAUGUCCCAUAGGUUGCAUCCAAAGUCCUGGCUGAGUGCUGGAAAGGACAGUCUUAACUCUGCCUACUUCCAUGACAAGCAGCCUGUUCAUUCCUGCUCUGGGCGACCCCAACCCCACUGCUAGUCUACCUCACCCAUCAUGCCUUGCAGACUCGAUCUAGAAUGGUGGCCUUAGUUUCUGAAUCCAGGCAGUUUCUGAACAAACAACCUGGGGGGGUGUGUGCGCAUGCGUGCUAGGGUGUUAUCCAUGAACCAUGUGACCUCCAAGGAACCUAGUCCUGGCAUUCUGUGUUUCCAAAAUGUUUCAGAAACAAGUGAAACCCUAUCUUAAGCCUCAGGAUUAGAGGAAAGUAAUUUUGUUUGCCUCUCUUAAACCAGAGCUAUGUAUCAUUCUUUAUGCUUUAACAUCUGAUCAGCCAAACAAUAAUCCAUUUGAUCCUUUGAUAGUUUUCCCCAGCAUGUUGCUAGCUUUGACCUCUGUGGUGGACAUAAUUUUAUCCCUGAAUCAUUCUUAGAAAAACUAACUUGGACGGUCUUCGGCAGUGGUACACUUCACUGCCAACUGUUUAAUAACACAGUUAGUUUGUAAAAGUUUGGAGAAGACUAAUUUGGGGAUAAGUUCCCUACAAAUCCCCCAGUAAUGCUUCACCACGUAAUAGAAUCUCUGAAUUUCAUUUUACUUAGCGCACCCCACGUCUGGGGCGGAUGAGAUCACACCAGCAGCGGUUAGGAGGCUCCUGGCUUCCCUGUGAGUUCUCAGUGUCUGGUCGUGCGCAUCGUUGAGAUGUGCCUCUGGCAGGAGGCUGCAGGCGUCAUCACCCCAAGAGCAGACAGGCUUGCCUCUGCCAUGCAGUUCUUUCAUCUCGCUGUCUGCAGCAGUCUGCAGCUGUGCUGGUUGGUGUGUGUUCACAGGUGCCUCACAUUCACAGCAUCCUCUACAGAGUGCUGAUGGGCUCGAUAGCAUCAGCACACUGACGAUCCAGUCUGUUGUAGACCAGUUGCUGGCCCUGAUGGAUACCCGCUGUGGGCUCUGAGGAACACCUCUGAGAAAGGCUUUUCCUCCAAUCUUCUGAGAUGUGGUGAGGCUGGAACACCAGGUACACCCAAAAUCUGAUUUCAAAGCAAGAUUCGUUGCUUUACAAACACCAAUAGGAGGCUUGGUCUUAAUUGUUAAGGUGACAGCAGGAGGCCCAUAUAUAGUCAGCAUUGCAUUAGCCACCAGCUAGGCAUAAACCUAAGUUACCAAGAGCAACCAGGCAUUGGGGAAGGGAACCAUACCUUGGCACCCCAGGAACAAUGACUUCGAAUAAUCCUCUGCCUAAAUGAGGCCCCUUAUAGUACGUUCCAAAUGUAACCUUUUAAUAUUGGUCCUGCACUCUGAUCCUAGCGUUUCAUCUCCACAACAUUUCAUCCAUAACGUGUCUUUCCAUGAGUGUACCUACUGUUAUGUACAGAACUUAAAAUGUGAUGUUUUGAAUAUAAAAUUUGGUCUGAUACAUGAUUUCAACGAUCCAAAGUUGUAAAUUCGAGAAAUGUUUGUGUGUGCGCGUGUGAACUAUUAAAAUAAUUUAAAAACUGAA